CUUUUCUAGACAAAAACCACAUAUCACGCUGGAUACUUUAGGGUUUAAAUAUUUCCAUCAACGGAAAAUGGGAACAGCUGGCGAUCGUCUGCUGGACAUUCCGUGCAAGGUGUGCGGCGAUCGCAGCUCGGGCAAACACUAUGGCAUCUAUAGUUGCGAUGGUUGCUCUGGCUUUUUUAAGCGCAGCAUACAUCGCAAUCGCAUUUACACCUGCAAAGCCACCGGCGAUCUCAAAGGUCGCUGUCCCGUAGACAAAACACAUAGAAAUCAGUGCCGUGCCUGUCGGCUCGCCAAAUGCUUUCAGUCGGCCAUGAACAAGGACGCUGUGCAGCACGAGCGCGGUCCUCGAAAGCCAAAGCUGCAUCCCCAACUGCAUCACCACCACCAUCAUCAUCAUGCAGCUGCCGCUGCAGCCGCGGCGCAUCACCAUCAUCAUCACCACCAUGCGGCGGCCGCCCAUCAUGCAGCAGCCGCGGCAGCUGCAGCCGCCGGUCUGCAUCAUCACCAUGCCACCCACUUGCCAGUCUCGCUGGUCACCAAUGUCUCAGCCUCAUUUAACUACACGCAGCACAUUUCCACGCAUCCGCCGGCGCCCGGCUUCCAUUUGCCGAACCCACACCAUCAUACGCACCACCAUCCGCCGCAGCAUCCGCAGCAGCUGCAGCAGUCGGGACAACAGACGCCCCAGACGCCACAUGCCACGGCCUUUCAUCAUCCAUCGGGACAUGCGCUCGCGCCGCACGCCAGUCUGCAAAAUGGCGGCGCCACCGCUGUUGCCAACAGCAGCGCCGCUGCCCUCACCUUUCCACAGCAUCUGCUGCAUCACAAUCUCAUUGCGGAGGCGGCCAGCAAGGCGGCUGCUGCUGCCACUGCCACAGCGGUGGCCGCCGUCGUUUCCACUGCCACGCCAUAUGCACCACCGCCUAGCCACAAUCACAGCCACAAUAAUAACAACAACAACAACAACAACUACUCCUCGCCCUCGCCCACAAACUCCAUACAAUCCAUCUCCAGCAUUGGCCUCAGUCUGGGCAGCGAGAGUCCGCGCGUCAAUGUGGAAACAGAGACGCCCUCGCCCUCUGCCUCGCCGCCGCUCACAGCGGGCAGCGUCUCGCCAACACCCACGAUUACAGACACACAAAGCCUGGCCGCUUCGUCCACCUCGCCCCAGCCCAAUCCCUCAGCUUCCGGCCAUAGCCUGAGCGAGGGCACGACGCCGCCAAGCAAUGCAGCUCUGCUAAUCUGCAAUAACAACAACAACAACAACAACAACAAUAAUAAUAGUAGCAACUACAACAACAAUCUCAAGCAACUUAGUUAUGCAUCGAGCUCGCCGACGCCCACAACCCCCACACCACCGCCACUGCCAACGGGAGGAAGCAACACUGCCACGCCCCCCAACCACGCCGCAGCCCUCUAUUCGGCACGUCAGAACGGCUUCCUCGAACUAUUGCUCAGUCCGGACAAGUGCCAGGAGCUGAUACAAUACCAGGUGCAGCAUAAUACGCUGCUCUUCCCCACACCCCUAUCCCAGCAUAUGGUGGGCGUGGACUCGCGCCUUCUGUCCUGGGAAAUGCUGCAGGAGACCACGGCUCGUCUGCUCUUCAUGGCCGUGCGUUGGGUUAAGUGCCUAAUGCCAUUCCAGACGCUAUCCAAGAACGAUCAACAUUUGCUGCUGCAGGAGUCCUGGAAGGAGCUUUUCCUUUUAAAUUUGGCACAGUGGACCAUACCGCUUGACUUGACGCCCAUCCUCGAAUCGCCACUCAUCAAGGAGCGCGUGCUGCAGGACGAGGCCACACAGACGGAAAUGAAGACCAUACAGGAGAUACUCUGCCGCUUCCGUCAAAUCGCGCCCGAUGGCAGCGAGGUGGGCUGCAUGAAGGCCAUUGCCCUGUUCGCGCCCGAAACGGCGGGUCUGUGCGAUGUGCAGCCGGUGGAAAUGCUGCAGGAUCAGGCUCAAUGCAUACUCUCGGAUCAUGUGCGUUUGCGUUAUCCGCGGCAGGCCACCCGCUUCGGACGCCUCCUGUUGUUGCUUCCCUCGCUGCGCACCAUUCGUGCCUCAACGAUCGAGGCGCUCUUCUUCAAGGAGACCAUUGGCAAUGUGCCCAUUGCUCGUCUGCUGCGAGACAUGUACACCAUGGAACCGGCCCAGGUGGACAAGUAG